UGUUCAGCGGUGCCACCCAGCGUCGACAGCGGACCCUGCAUCGCCUGUUCGUGGCCGGCGCAAGCUUGCGCGGUGCGCAAUAGCACGCUCGAUGUCGCAGAGCCACCUCCAUCCUCCCCGUCUCCCCACUCAGUCGCAGCAACCUAAUCUGUCCACCGGGGGUGAUAAACCCCGGACGCAGACAGGCGCAGACUACCGCAACCAGGGUGUCGCGACCUGGGCGCCUGCAAGCAGUACGUCGUCCUCAUCUCACCCGACACCAGAGCCCCCGAUGUUCGGCGCGCCGCCCAUGUUCUACGAUCCCGCGCAGUCAGCGCAGCAGCAGGACCAGCGUGGCAUGGCGGACUACGACGCGUGGGCUGAGAGCUUCGCCCAAGGCGGGCAGUACGCGAACGCCGGUGCUGCUGGCUACGCGCAGGCGGGCAGCGUGCCCCAUCUCGAGUACGGGCAGCAGCAGCAGCCGAUGCAGGGCAUGGCCGUCCCGAUGGACCAGGGACACGGCCAGUACGGAUACCAGCAGUACGCGCCAGACACCCACGACCCCUUUAACCAGGCGUAUUCCCAACAAACACCCAUGAACACGUCCUCUGAUCGCCCGCAACGUAGCCUCCCGCGCUCGUCGGGGCGUGGCGGCUACGCGAGCGUGACGCCUCCGAAUAUGUCGUCUAUGCCCGACGGCACGGCUUUCUCUCAGCAGCAGCAGCCGCAUCUCAACUUCCCCGCGCAGGACGAGUACCUGUUUCACCCGCAGCCGUCGCAGGCGCAGCCACAGGCACCCGCGCGACCGGGCAUGCAGACGCGAUCGUCCGCGCCAUCGGUCCCGACCGUGGAUUCCAUCCCCCAGCAGCGCUUCCAGUUUGCAGAGUACCGCCAUCCGGACCAGCUCGUCGCGCCCGCGCCCGUGCCGUCGUCGUACACCGCGACGGGCAGCACGCCGACGAGCGAUAUCAACAGCUUCUCGUCCUCGCCCGUUUCGUGGGGUGCAGACCAGAGCCAGAGCGAGCACACUACGUCACAAACGCAGAGCACGACGCGCAAGCAGGGGAGUGCGACGAAGCCGGCGAGCCAGAAGACGGCGUCUGCGCCGGACAAGGGCAAGAAGCGCGCGCGGGUGCCGAGGGAUAGCGACAGCAGCGACGACGACGAGAUGGGCAGCUUCGCCAUCAAUGUGAGCAUGGCGCCAUCAGGCGGGCACGGCGGCCCGACGCGACUUCCCGGGGCGUGCAAGCAUUGCAAGAAGCUCAAGAUGAAAUGCGACUUCCCCAAGGGCGACAACACGUGUCGGCGGUGCAAAGCCGGUGGGAUCAGCUGCAUAGUCGAAGGCCGCAAGCCUCGUAACGCACCCAAGUGAGUCUUCGUUGAGUUCUGUCAUCGCUCUCUCUUGUGGCAUACUUGCCGGGGCUUGCCCAAGUACCCAACGCUAUGCCUGCAUAGCCAUCGGCUGGCGGUAUCGCCGCAUGUCUCGUGUCUCGCUGGCCACAUCGAGAAAGGCGCGAAUCAUUCCAGCGCUCUGUCAGUGCGCACAU